GUGGUGAGGAUGGAACCCAGGGCCUCAUGAAGCCCAUGUUCUACCACUGAGCUACAUCCUCAACCUCUCAAGACCCUAAGUUUUAUGUCAGAGUCUUUGUACAUGCACCACCUACUUCUGUCCCAACCAACAGUCAGUCUUCAGUCUGCGCCCUCCCAUUCUUGCCCCUUGAUCUCUGGGCACUAAGCCAGCGGGUUGUCUUGGAGGUGCUAGGGCAGGAACACCUACCCUGCCAUGCUGCGCUGUCUGCUCUCCAGGCUGCCAGUCAGGAUGUCGAGCAGGACUUCAGAAAAUCAGUCAAGGAGGGACAGCUCUCAGACCCCUUCCCGGUGUCUUAUCCAUAGACUUGACCACAUCGUGAUGACAGUGAAGAGCAUCAAAGAUACCACUAUGUUCUAUUCCAAGAUCCUGGGCAUGGAGGUCAUCACUUUCAAGGGAGACCGAAAAGCAUUGUGCUUUGGAGACCAAAAAUUUAACCUCCAUGAGGUGGGAAAGGAAUUUGAACCCAAAGCUGCUCAUCCUAUUCCAGGCUCCCUGGACUUAUGUCUGAUCACAGAGGUGCCUUUGGAGGAGAUGAUCCAGCAUCUAAAGGCUUGUGAUGUCCCCAUUGAGGAGGGGCCAGUCCCCAGAACAGGAGCAAAGGGGCCUAUUAUGUCUGUCUACUUCCGAGACCCAGACAGAAAUCUAAUUGAGGUGUCCAACUAUGUCUCCUUGUGAUUGAUACUGGUCCUCAGCCAUUUUGUUUCCCUCCAUGUUACCUUCUCCCUUCCUUCCCAAAAAUCCUUGCCCAGGCCCAGAGACCUUCAUGGACUGAGGACUUCAGCAGUUCACACAUCCUGUUGAGGGCGUGUGAGACAGGUGUGGGACCAAACCUACAUGUCUGGAUGAUCUUCAUUCAAGCUGUGCCAAAAAAAAAAAAAAAAAAAAAAA